UUAAAGAAAAAGGGGGGAGACGUUCUCAUGUCGAUGUUUUACCUCAUGACUGGAUUGACUCAUGUAAUAUUCGCUGUUCACAGGUUUCCAGGAAUGGAAUCAAUUCCGAGUCAGCUGCCAGCCGCACGAGACUCCAGCUGCUCCCCGACUUCCAAGCAAGAGCUGCAAUCCUACACGGGCCCGGUGCUGAAGCCUAACCAAGUCAGCGAGACCUCUCUGUAUGGAAUACCCAUAGUCUGUCUAGUCAUAGAUGGCCAAGAGAGACUCUGUCUUGCCCAAAUAUCCAACACCCUUCUGAAGCAUUACAGCUACAACGAGAUACACAACCGACGCGUGGCCCUUGGUAUUACCUGCGUGCAGUGCACGCCAGUCCAGCUCGAGAUCCUGCGGCGUGCAGGGGCUAUGCCUAUAUCCUCCCGGCGUUGUGGGAUGAUCACCAAACGCGAGGCAGAAAGGCUGUGUAAAUCUUUCCUCGGGGCUCACGCACCGCCAAAAUUACCUGAAAAUUUCGCCUUUGACGUAACCCAUGAAUGCGCUUGGGGAAGUCGGGGUAGCUUCAUUCCAGCUAGGUACAACAGCUCUAGAGCUAAAUGUAUAAAAUGUUCGUUUUGUAACAUGUAUUUCUCUCCGAACAAAUUCAUAUUUCACUCGCAUCGCACUCCAGAAUCUAAGUACACACAGCCCGAUGCUGCUAACUUUAAUUCAUGGAGACGUCAUCUCAAAUUAUCCGACAAAAAUUCAGCUGACGAUGUGACACACGCUUGGGAAGAUGUCAAGGCCAUGUUCAAUGGCGGCAGCCGGAAAAGGACGCUGCCAUCCAGUGGGCCAGGGAGGUCUUCCCCGUCCAAAGCCCCAGGACCCCGCGGACAGCCCCACAGAGAGUCUCCUGAGGUUCCACACAAAGCCAUGAGAUGCGAGGACGAUCAGGCCGGGGUGGUUCCAACAAGCAUGCGCAGCUAUCCCGUUAUCCCCGUGCCCAGCAAAGGCUUUGGGAUGCUGCAGAAGAUCCCGCCACCGCUCUUUCCCCACCCCUACGGAUUCCCUGCUUUUGGACUGUGUCAAAAGAAAGAGGACGGCAUGGUGAUGGGAGAGCCAAAUAAAACGAACCUUUCAGGUAUGUUUUGGCCCGGGACGAAAGACAGUGGUUAUCCGUCGUUUCCCAUGUUUUGGCCCACAACCGGCGGCCUCUCCAUGCCGCCCUACUCCCAGUCACACCCUAAACCGCCCUCGGAGCUUCUAUGCCCCAGACCAAAUGAAGUUGACGUCUCGGAGCCAAAUGACCGAGGCGCAAACACACCCAAGGAGAGCGGUUUAGACAGUGAGCGAUGCUCAAGCACACAGUCCCUCCGCAUCGAAGAUGACAAGUCUGGCGAUGACAGCCGCUCGGUAGAUGGAGCGGCCGACACUCCCCGGAAGAUGAGCUACGUAUCGGCUUUCAGACCUGUGGUGAAAGACACGGAGAGCAUCGCCAAGCUGUACGGAAAUAGAGGGUCGUACGCAGGGGCUCGGCCUGGCUACCUGUCACCUGAUAUCCUGAGCGAAAGUUCAAGUUACAGGUCGGUCUCUCCGGAUGUGGACAGCGCGGAUGACCCGGAUGUGGACGUAGAGUCAAACAAGGCACAGGAGGAGGACUCUUUCCCCCUGUCAGGUGACGGUCAUCAGAGCCCCCUUGGCUCGACAACUCAAGAUGUGGACGUGAGGGGCGUGGAGUCAGAGGGUGACAGGACCAAGUCGAGCGAGGCGCGGUCGACAGAAGCUGACAGAGAGAGCAAACAACUGCCAAUAGAAACCAACAGAAUUGCAGCGAUAUAUGAGACGCGCGAGGAGGAGCCGUCUUCUACUGUGGACGAAAUCGAACCUAAAAGUUUCCACCAAGACCAUGGCGCUCUGUCAGAGGGAAACCAAAGAGAACCCGAUGCAGGUGAGGAGACGACCCGCUGUAACGAUGGCAGUGCCUCGCUGAUCGGAAACAGAGAUAUAGGAAGCAUGGCCAAAGAGGACUUGAAGAAACAACUAGUUGAGCAGGUGGAGCUUCGUAAGAAACUGGAGCGUGAAUUCCAAACUUUGAAAGAUAAUUUUCAAGACCAGAUGAAAAGAGAGCUGUCCUACCGGGAGGAGAUGGUUCAGCAGCUGCAGAUAGUUCGAGAUACUCUAUGCAGCGAGUUGGACCAUGAGAGAAAGGCUCGUUAUGCUAUACAGCAGAAGUUAAAAGAAGCUCACGACGCGUUGCACCAUUUCUCCUGUAAGAUGCUGACCCCGCGCCACUGUACUGGAACCUGCACCUUCAAGCCCCCCCUACUGCCCCCCUGACCGGCGGAACCCCUGCCCGCCUCAGGAACCAAACCUCCGGGUGGUGGACCGCGUGGGAGAGGAACCUUCCUGCCUGGAAACCUCCACUGAUUUUCAGCCGGAACCACACCUAACCCCAACCGCGCCACGGGGCACCGCACCGCACCGCACCACACCGCACCCAGUGAUAUCUGUAUAAAGACAGAUGUGUGUCCAUUAGUGUUGUAGCUCCAGACCUUGUGUUAAAACCCAGCUCAGUUCAUUUUGAGAGACAGAAACUGAGACUUGUUUUCAGACACAAUGUAAGUAUUUGUAUAAUCUAUAUAUGAAGCUGAAGACUUCCACAGUGAAUACACUGAACAAAGAACACCGUCACCUCUAGAAAUCUGUUUAUAUAUGAAGUGGCUAUGUGCAAUGCAUAUGAAAAUAUACAUAAACGUAUAUCUAUAUUUCUGUAUCCUGUGACACUUUUUGUUGGUGGAAUGUUAGAGCAAUCUAAAUAGGUGGUUUAGUUAUUUAUGUAUUUUUACAUUUUUAUUUAAUCUUAUUUAUUUUCCCCAUCUCUGUCUUUUGUUGUCAUCUGCAACUUUGUAUAAUAUGAAUGUAAAGCACUUUAAACAGGCAACCCAACUGAUUCAAAUGUGUAUUAAAAUAUGCUCUUUGGAAAUACCUGGUUAUUAUUUGUUUUCAUUGGUGACUAAACG